AUGAGCGAGGAGCUGCAGCGCCACAACUUGACUCUGGAGCACUUCGCAACUCUCAGCGCGGGGGAACGCAAGUUCACGAUCACGCUCGGCGCUGCCCUGGCAGACCCGGAGUCCCACCUCGCCAACCGGGUGAUGAUGGCCGUGCGCGAGCGAGAGGCCUCGUGUACGGCGUCGCAGCUCAAACCGUGCAUCGAGCUCGACCUACCCGACACCGACCCUGACGCAUUCCAGUGGAUCGUCCACUUCCUGUGUGCCGCGUCGAUCGCCGAGACGGCCCCGCUGCCUUCGGGCCCCGCCGCGGAGCUCGUCAUGCUUGAAGCGAAGAGGUGGCGGUUCCAGGCGCUAGUCGAGGUCCUGCGUACGACGAAACAAGGCGCAGCAAUCGUCCCGCGAGUUCCCUCCGCGACCGAGAGCCCGUCCUGGACCAAGGAGAAGCUGCAACUGCUUGCGUUGAAGCUCUCCACGGGUCUCGUGGACCGCGAGCACAUGAUGCGCAAGGCGCUGCUGGCCAGCAUCGCCGGCGAGCACGUGCUGCUGCUGGGCCCGCCGGGCACCGCGAAGUCGCUCCUCGCGCGGCGGCUGCACCUGGCCUUUCGCGCCGAGGCCGGGGCGGGGGGCUACUUCGAGAAGCUGCUGACCAAGUUCUCGACGCCGGAGGAGCUGUUCGGGCCGAUGUCGAUCCAGAAGCUGCAGGAGCCCUGA